AUGCAGAGUGCGAACGCAAAGUGGAGCAAGAUGCCGUCUAGCAAGGGAAAGCCAACGGAUCCUAAGUUGAGAGAGAAGGUUAAGGAGGAGAUCCAGAAUGAGCCGAAUAAGGAUGGGGGUGGCAAGGGGCAGUGGAGUGCGUGGAAGGUACGUUGUUCUUUUGUUCUCCCUAGAAUCGAGGAUAAGCGUGGGUUGGUGCGAGGAUGCUUGGAGGUUGUUUCGUCUUCUUGUCCGUUUGAGACUUGUUCAUGGAGGUGGACGUAUGGCCGGCUCAGCGCACAAUUCGUGUCAUCGUAUGCGCCGUCUGCAAGUUUCAUACUAACAUCCCAACGGGCGUCCAAACUCUCCAAAGAAUACGAAAAGCGCGGCGGCGACUAUGAAAACUCGCCCGGCACCAAGAACGAGCCCCAAAAGGGCACACCGCAGCCAAAGCCCUCGGGCAAGAAGCAAAAAGAGGAGAAGAAGGCGAAUAAAGAAGCUGACUCGCCGCCACCCGACGACGGAGGAGAGAAACAGGAGGAAGAGAAGCCGAAGGCUAACACGGCGAAGAAGGCGAGUCCGGCGGCUGGAAAGAAGAAGGAGAAAAAGCCUGUUGAGGGGACGAGAAAGAGUGCGAGAGUGGCAGGAAAGAGAGCCAGUGUUGGAGAUGAAGGGGGUGGGGAGAAGAAGAAGGCGAAGAGGUAA